AUGGCUCAUCAUGACAGUGACAAUGAUCCAAAAAGCGUCAUUCUGUGCGACAAUCCAUUUGACCACAAUACGCUUCAUACCUCUAAAUCUAAAAGGGAAGGUCCCAGCACCCCAGUCAGAACGCAUUUUGAUGAUACCUCUGGUGAUUACUACUCAGGGGGCUCGGGUGGCGCUUUCAGUGUCAAAUCUGAGACAUCCUCUAUUGCUGAUCUUGACAAGAGAUCAGAAUCUCGACCCAUUGUCUUGUUCAACGAAUCUGCCCAAGAUAAUCACGAAGUGAAAAACAGGGCUUCAUUGGACACCUUGACCCAGGAUGAUAGCGGUAGUGCCGUUCAAAUCGUUAUCCCAUGUGACAAUACCCCCGAAAGUGACCCUAAAACGCUUGAUAUCGCCAGCUCUAGCCAGAAAGAGCCGAGCACAUCAUCCGACGCACCAUCUUGUGAGUCCGCUGACGACUUCUCUGUUAAAUCCUCUGCAGACUACUCAAGUAUUCCUUACGGCGCCAAAUAUCAGACAUCCUCUAUCGACAGCUUUGAUAACUCGUCUCAGCAUGAUUCUGCAUCGGAGGAUGAUGAAAUCCCUCAAGGUUCCCAGCGUGUGGCAGCAUACGCCUCUCCCCUCCAAAAUGGUCGGCGUAUUCGAACCAGUUGUGACAGUAUCUACGACUUGGGCCGGUGGCAGGUCGAUCCAGAUGGAUUCAUCAAUGAGAAACAUCGCGCUGGAGGGCCAUACCUAUGUUCCCUACCUGUCACAAUCCUCGACCUGGAGGCCGGUUCCCCUUUGUGGACAGUCUGUGAAACCGUCAGCUUUAUCAAGACGAUACUUUCUAUUCUUGAGCAGUACGGAAUCAAUGCAUCCUCGGUCAAGAUCAAAAGAUGCGAGAACAAACAUGAUCCUGAAAUCCAGCCCGUGGCGACUUUGAUUAUCAAUGCUACCCGCGACACAUUUAGCAACGCUUGGGUGCAAGCUUGUCGUCGGAUUUGGAAGCACCUAUUCGAAAACAACCUUGGUCAUAUCAAUGUCGAAAUAUCGGACCCAAUAAUUCACUACCCAUUUCGCGUGUUGCCUAUGGGGCUCCAGGACCGAGUUCGAUCGAUCCACGGCGCAUUGAUACAAAGAAUUGAACAUGACGUGGAUCUUACGGAUUGUCUUCACUAUGGAGCGAUGCGCAUAGGAAACACCAAAGAUACGAAGGACAGCGAAGUGGUAAUGUUGCUGAAGGUGGAUUUCGAGAGCCAACGAGACUGGCGCGGUCCUCGAGACCAAAUUGUGUCAAUUCUGGACGAGUUCAAACUUCCAAUUGUGGGAGUUCUGAUUGUGAAGGGCAGAAUGUGGGGGGCAUCUUUCGGUUUGACGGAGCGACGGAAGAAGCGUGAGAAUCCUGAUGUUGCCGCUCAAUUGGGAUUGUAA